CUCUGGUCAAGCCGGCAGUCCACGUCAACUUAGUGUACGGUUAGGUUGUUCCAGUGGCGUGAUAUCAUAAAAAAAGUAAUAUAAACCUAGUAAUGACCGAAGUUGUGAUUGUUUCUGGUGUCAGAACACCAAUAGGAUCACUUGGUGGUUGUUUCUCAACCCUUAGAGCUGAUGAGCUGGGCACGAUAGUAAUUAAGGAAGCUUUGCAGAGAGCACAAAUUGAUCCCGCUAAUACACCUGGAAUAUGUGAAGUCAUUAUGGGGCAGGUGCUAACUGCUGGGCAAGGUCAAAAUCCGGCCCGUCAAGCAGCAAUACAUGCUGGAUUGUCGUACACAGUUCCAGCAUACUCUGUCAAUAUGGUGUGUGGUUCUGGAAUAAGGGCUGUUGUUGAUGGAUACCUGAGUAUCAGAAAUGGUGAUGCACAACUUGCAGUAUGUGGUGGACAGGAAUCAAUGAGCUUAACUCCUCAUGUUACUAAUAUGAGGAAAGGAUUAAAGAUGGGUGAUACAUCUUUGCGUGACACCCUAUUGUGUGAUGGUCUGACUGAUGCUUUUUAUAAUGUACAUAUGGGAGAAACUGCGGAAAGAAUUGCUGACAAAGAGGGAAUUACUCGUGAGCAACAAGAUGAGUUUGCCCUUCAGUCUCAGCAUCGUUAUGCAAAAUCUCAGCAAGAAGGACACUUUGAUAAGGAAAUUGUACCAGUUCCUGUACCACAGAGAGAUGGAACUACGUUAGUAUCAACUGACGAACAUCCCAGGAAGGAUCUGAAAAUUGAAAAUUUGCAAAGGCUGAAACCAAUUUUCCGAAAGAAUGGUACUAUCACAGCUGGAAAUGCAUCAGGUUUAAAUGAUGGUGCUGCAGCAUUAGUACUCAUGUCCAACAAACUUGCUUUGGAGAAAGGUAUCAAGCCUAUGGCUAAAAUCAUUGGAUGGUCACAAGGUGGUCUUGACCCACAGUAUAUGGGUAUGGGUCCUGUACCAGCUAUAACUGCACUGUUAGAGAAGGUACACUGGGGCAUAUCUGAUGUAGAUCUGUUUGAGAUAAAUGAAGCCUUUGCUUGCCAAGCCAUAGCAGUAUUGAAGCAAUUGGGUCUUAAUCCAGCAAAAGUUAAUGUUAGUGGUGGUGCAGUAGCCCUAGGGCAUCCACUGGGGGCUUCUGGAGCACGGAUAAUAGUGACUUUACUUCAUGCUCUUCAAAGGACCAGAGGCAGGCGAGGUGUUGCCGCUCUCUGUAUUGGAGGUGGAAUGGGUAUUGCUAUUGGCAUUGAAAUGUGCUGAGAUUAUGGCAGAUUUGGCAAUAAGAGAAGGAUGUGUUUUGUAGGAUUUUAUAACACCAUUCCUUUUCGACAAUAAGGUUUGUGGCAUACGUAUUUUAGAAAAUUGGUAGUAUAUUCUAUAUAUUUGCACAGUUUUUAUGGAUCGUGGUUCUUAAAUAGCAUUUAUUGGUUAUGUUGGCCUCUUAUGUACCAAAUUUUAUUUAUGACAGUGUGAAAAUACAAGAAUUUAGCUUUAUUUUUUUGUACAGUCUUUCACUUAUACUGGAUCAGUGAGAGGAAUUGUGUAGACUGUAUGUGGCAGAAGGGUUUUGUGUACAAAACCCUGUGCAUUGUCUAUGCAGUAUGCUCUCAUGUGUACUUUGUUUUUGGGGGUAAUAUUUUUAUAGGUGUAGGAAUUAUAUUUAUUUGAAGUGAAAACUAAUGAUUCAUGAGACAAUUGAUCUUAUGAAAAUCGGCUGUAAUAAUUAAAAUCCUUAAAGGUGAAUAAAUAAUUCAGUGUAAUGUAAAA